AUGGCGAGCCCAUUACAAGCAAAGCUUCUGCAGGAUGAGCACGCGGAUGAAUGGGUAUAUGAGGUGUCGUCCUUGGCGUCUUCGUCUCUGAAAGAUUCUUUAAGAUCUCGCGGCGCUUGUGUGGGGCUGGUCAUCCACGAGAACCCGCCGGAAGAGAGGCACUUCGACUUCACCAUCCCCUUCAAGUAUCUUCUCAACGCAGCUGAAUCGACCAAGACCUCUACCCCUUGUGGAACUCCGAGAGCAAGUGACAAGGUCAGGCAGGACGCUUCCUUGGGUGAAGGUGAGGGCGUCAACAGCCCAGCAGGCACGAUCGAUUCGUUCCCGAGAGUCAGCAGGAGGGGCUCGGAGGAGGAGGCACAGAGCGAGAGGGAGCAGAACCUUGUGAGCAGACCCGACGAAAGCAUGCUGUCCUGCUCCUCUAGCCCUUCGAGUCCAGCUGAGAGGAGGGAGAAGCGGGAAGGAAUAAAGUCCAGCAUGAACGCUGUGCUCGGAAGUAAAUGGCACCAGUCAAUGCUGAUCCAGCACAACGCCGCUCACGGGAUGAGCGGCCACGCAUGA